ACGAAGCAUACAUUUUUUAUGAAAAAACCUUCAUGGAUAUUGCAAAACAACAAUACCCAUACUCCUAUAUGAGAUAUCUAUGGCAUGGUACGUCGGAACAAUCGUCAUAUAAUAUCAAUCAAUAUGGUUUUAAUAGGAAUUACCAGGGGAAAAAUGCUUGUCGUUACGGUGAUGGAGUUUAUUUUGCCACUGAACCAAGAUACUCAUCCCACGAUGAAUAUUCUGUUCCAGAUAGUAGAGGAUAUAAACUUGUUUACAAAUGCAGUGUUUUAGUAGGAAGAUAUGGAAAUGGGGAAGAAAAUUUGAAAGAACCACCAAAAGAUCUAAAUGGUGCUAGAUAUGAUAGUGCUGUCGACAAUGUAUGCGAUCCAAAAAUACAUGUUAUAUUUCGCGAUAACCAAGCGUAUCCGGAGUAUCUUUUUAAGUUUAGGAGUGCUCGAUAUAAACACCGCGUAUCUUCAGUUACGUUUUAG